AUGUACAGCGAGAAGUCGCGGGCUGCAGAUGCUAGCCACGAUGUUCUUCGGGAGCAGGAGUACAAGGAUGCCUCCGACCCAGAUGCCACAGUGCCAGCAGAAGAGCGUGCCAAGGCUUACAAGUACGGCAAGCAAUACGUGCCAGUGCAAGCAGAGGACGAGGCCUACCUAGCGUACAGACCUGACCGCGGCAUCAGCUUGAUGGGCUUCCUUGAUGCAGAGAGCGUCCCCCAGCAGUAUCACAUGAAGGACCCUUGGGUGAUGGUGGCUGAGAAAGGCAAUGAGCGCUCGGGCUUGGCCAUGUCGGCUCUUGUUCGGGCCAUGGCAAACAAGAACCAGGACCUGCGGGUGGCCAAGUUUGCAUCCCUGGAUGAGAAGCCUGACCUCAUGCCCUCUCUUUCUCAGCUGGACCAGAUGAGAGCUGUUGUGCAGGAGCUGGAUUUGUCCACAGAUGUGCUCAUCAACGACACAUUUGAUCCUCGGACUGCCACUGUCCGCAAGGCACAGACUCUGCUGCAAACGCUCCCGCAGCACCUGCAUGUCGAGAAGAAGGAGCUGGUGCUGGAGCGCGUGCAACCCAAGGAAGAAAUGCCUGCAGAGGUGACAGCCUUCAGCCUUGAAGGCACAGCUGCAUCAUCUGUGGAGACAGUUGGCACCUCAGAUCCUGAACUAUGA